UCAUUUCGAGUGUUUUGGGCUUCUUCAAAAACCUCAUAGUUAUUUAUUUUCUUAAAAAUAAAAAUAAAAAUAAAAAUCUGGGGCAUGGAAACGGGACUUUUAUUGGCAAGGCGGGAAGUGUUUGUUAGUUUGUUUAAGCUAUGCCACAAUGCCAAAUCAUUGGUACAAUUACAUUCGCAAAUUCUCAAAACCGGCUUUGCCUAUCAUAGUUUUUUCGCUACAAAGCUCAAUUUCUUGUAUGCCAAUUUUUAUUCAGUCGAUUGCGCACGCAAAGUGUUCGAUGAAACGCCUCAGAAAACAGUCUACCUCUAUAAUGCCACGCUUAGGAGUUACUGUAGAGCGAAUCGAUGGGAGGAUACUUUGUAUCUCUUCAACAACAUGAUUUUUGGUUCUCGAGAAGAACCAGAUAAUUUUACCAUACCCAUUGUCUUAAAGGCGUGUACAGGUUUACGUGCGCUUAAGCAUGGCAAGAUGGUACAUGGGUUUGUUUUGAAGAACGCAAAUAGUGCGGUUGACAUGUUUGUUGGCUCUGGGUUGAUUGAGUUAUACUCAAAAUGUGGGCAAAUGGGUUGUGCUUUGAAUGUUUUUAAAGGGUUCUCCGAACCAGAUACUGUUCUAUGGACUUCAAUGGUUACUGGGUAUGAACAGAAUGGGUUUCCUGAAAAAGCUGUGAUGUUUUUUCAUCGAAUGGUGAUAGCUGAGAAUGUGAAUCCUGAUAGGGUGACACUUGUGAGCUUGAUUUCUGCUUGUGCACAAUUGAUGAGUUUUAAGCUUGGGGGGUGUGUGCAUGGUUUUGUGAUUAGGCAGGGUUUUGACGUUAGUGACUUAAGUUUGUGUAACUCAUUAUUGAAUUUAUAUGCGAAGAUGGGGUCUACAAGAAAUGCUUUUAAUUUGUUUUUGAAGAUGCCAGAGAAAGAUGUUAUAUCAUGGAGUUCAAUGAUUUCUUGCUUUGCUCAAAAUGGUAAUGCUGUUGAAGCCCUAAAGCUUUUCAAUGACAUGAUUGAUGAGAGAUUUGAACCCAAUGCAGUUACAGUCGUUAGUGCUUUACAAGCAUGUGCAGCUUCUUGUAAUUUAGAAGAGGGCAAGAAGAUUCAUGAACUGGCUGCUGAGAAAGGUUUUGAGUUUCAAGUUUCUGUCUCUACAGCUUUAAUUGAUAUGUACAUGAAAUGCUUUUCACCUGAUAAAGCUGUUGGUGUCUUUCAUAGAAUGACGAAUAAAGAUGUGGUCUCUUGGAUUGCUUUGUUAGGUGGGUAUGCUCUAAAUGGAAUGGCUUACAAGUCAAUGGAAGUGUUCCGUGACAUGCUGUCAGAUGACACAGAACCUGAUGCUAUUGCGAUGGUGAAGAUUCUUGCAUCCUGUUCAGAAUUAGGAGUUCUUCAGCAAGCUUUCUGCCUUCAUGGUUAUGUAGUCAGAAAGGGAUUUGACAGCAACAUUUUCAUUAGGGCUUCAUUAAUAGAGUUGUACUCAAAAUGUGGGAGCCUAGCCAAUGCCAUAAAAAUAUUUGAAGGGAUAAGUUAUAAAGAUGUUGUUAUCUGGAGUGCUAUGAUUGCUGGUUAUGGACUUCAUGGGCAAGGAAGAGAAGCAUUAAAAGUUUUCCAUCAAAUGGUCAGGAGUCCUGUUGUUAGGCCUAACAGUGUUACUUUCCUCUCAAUUUUAUCUGCUUGUAGUCAUGCAGGUUUGGUUGAAGAGGGGAUUGGGAUACUUGAUAUGAUGUUGCAUGAAUACCGACUGGAUCUUAAUUCAGAGCACUAUGGGAUAAUAGUUGACCUUCUUGGCCGCUGGGGAGAGUUAUCUAAGGCCUUGGACAUUAUUAACCAAAUGCCAAUUCCAGCUGGGGCCCAUGUUUGGGGGGCCUUGCUGGGUGCAUGUAGGAUUCAUCACAAUGUCAAGAUUGGGGAGGUUGCAGCAAAGAAUCUGUUCCACAUGGAUCCUAAACAUACAGGGUAUUACAUCCUGUUGUCAAAUAUAUAUGCUCUGGACGAGAGAUGGGGUAGCGUGGCAAAGCUCAGAGCUGAAAUAAAGGAGAAGGGUUUAAAGAAGACUUUUGGGCAUAGUGUGGUUGAAGUUAAGAAUGAAGCCCACAAAUUUGUCUCAGAUGAUAGAUUCCAUCCUGAGGGCAAGCAGAUUUAUAAAUUAUUGAGAUGGUUGGAGGUGAAAAUGAGAGAGGAGGGUUAUGCUCCUGAUUCAGAACUACUGUAUCCUGAUGCAGAAAAGGUUUUAUAAUUUUGAAUUAUGUGUUUAAACACCUUAUAUCUACAAUGGGAAUGGCCAAUGCUAACAUACACUUAACAUUUACCAUGAGAAAAACCGAUGCAAAGCUUAAGGUGUAAGAUGUCUAUGAGAAGUUUGUUCACUUCUCAUGUUGGCCUUUAUGGGAUAUUACCGAGAAAAGCUUCUAUGCCUUUUACUUAUCCAAGUUUUAGCUUCAUGAAAUUUUAAGUCCAUUUGAGUCUUAAAUUUGAAAGGAUAAAGAGCAGGUGAUUCCUCUGACCUAAAUAUGGAUGGGUGACAUGGAUCAAAAUUUGACAUUUUAAAGAUUUGUCAUGCUUCAUUAAGUGUCCGUUAUGCGAAGUCUCCUCUUUAUCUUAAAGCAAUUUAAAGGGUUGGAUGGUGGGGUGGAGUAUAAAAAGUACAUAUGAAGAUUUUUCAACCAUGAGGGUCCAUGUAAAUAAUCUGGCGGCCAUUGUUAUUGCUGUAUGAAGAAGUAACCAUGAGGCUCCAAUGAACCUUGGAGGACUGCAUUCUUUGUGUUAUAUGUUCCACCAACCAGAUGAGAUCAGUAACUUGACUUUUUUGUCAGCAAAUUCAGGCAUAACAUGUCCAUUGUCAAAAUUCAUUAGAUGUCUUCAUUGUGUUUCACUAGAAAAAUUUUGCAGCUUGUGCUGAAGACCCUCCCAUUUAUACUUUUUCCCUCUCAUUAUGGACUAGGCACCGUCCUAUACAAAUUCCAUGCUCCUACAUUGUUUCCUUGAAUUACAAUAACAAUUGAUAAUGAGGUUCCCCCAGUUGUAAUCUUUUCCAGAAAGUUCAUCACUAUUUAAACAAAUUUUGACUCUGUA